GCUUGUCGAAUUAAGUGAUCAUAUAUAUGCAUAAUUGUUUCAAGUUGUUUUGGCAAAAGGAAGUUUCUUGCAUAUAAAAAUUGCACUUCCUAGUUGGAAGGAUUAAUUCAUUUUGAGCAUAUUGCACCUCAAAUUUCACUUUUUGUCCUUAAAAUAUUUUUAAGCCGAAACUUUCGAAAGUGUUUUCACUUUAGUAGCGCGACUUAUCCAAUUCACUUUUGAAAGUGGAACAUAUCUGAAGAUUUAGGGACUAACAGUGCAAUUUAUCCAAUACAUUUUAAUGUACCCCAACGAAUUCUAGGUCCAGAUUUGUCAACAGUUCAAAUGGACUAAAUAAAACAAUUUUAGCCACUCAUCAGAACUGAUGCACUCCAAGGAAUUAGUAGUGUUUGCAACUCAUUUAAAGAAAGUAAUGAGAAGUGAUGCACAUAAAGUGGAUUUGCAAAGCUUUGAGCACUUGAAGGUAAAAAAAUUCAAACAUUCCAGCGGAAUUUUUCAAUAGUGGUUUGGUGGCUAUUACGAACAUGAUGCUAUAACGCAGAACGAAAAUGAUCGAACAUGACACGAAGUUUACAUGGAUAAAACUUGAGAUUGACACAUCGCGCCCAGUUAUAAUCUAAAAAUGACAUGAUAAAGCACAAUUAAGAACCAAGUUAGUCUUUCAGAUGUUUACAAUGAUGUCAUGGACAAUUAACACAAUCUCCAAAUUCACCUGAUUGGCGUGAGUGUCAAACAUAAACAUGGCUUGUGAACCCAAAUUGCCACACCGAGAAAAUAACAACUUGGUAGAAUUUAAAGCAAUAAAUUGGUUUAUUGAACCUAUGACAAUCUAGAAAUUUGUGAUUAAUGGAGUAUUAUUUUGUAUAAACUAAUUUGUAUACACUCAACGACGAGUUAUCCGUAUAUUGUUGUUAGGAUACACAAAAUUUCUCAACUUUAAAUGAACAAUUUCUUACUUGCAUGAUCUCGCCCAUUCUAUUUUUAGUUGGUUGAUAGAGUAAUCAUGUAACUCACCUCACUAAAACAACACAAAGGAGGGAGUACCAUGCCUCGCACCUAUAAAAGGGAGCUAGAUGCAUGGUUUCAACCAUCAAAGGAGAGGGAGAGGAAAGAGAGUAGGGUUCUUUCUCCUUCUUUGAGUAAGGAAAAGUGACAAACCCUUGCUCUUUCUCCUCUCUUGAGAAGCUCUUCCACCUUACUUUAACUCGAAUGGCGGCUUUGGAUCACCCAUGGGCCUUCGCAUUCGGUCUCCUAGGUAAUCUCAUAUCAUUCGUAGUUUACCUCGCGCCUAUCCCAACAUUUUGUCGCGUGUACCGAGCAAAAUCGACACAAGGCUUCCAAUCUGUCCCGUAUGUCGUCGCACUGUUCAGUGCGAUGCUAUGGAUCUACUAUGCGUUGGUGAACACCCACGCAACACUACUGAUCACGAUCAAUUCGUUCGGAUGCAUGAUCGAAUCCAUAUACAUCAUUAUGUACCUCGUCUAUGCACCAAGGAAGGCCAAGAUCCAAACUUUUGGGCUCAUCUUUCUCUUGAAUGUGGUGGUGUUCUCUCUCAUCAUUCUUUUCACUCUCCUACUCGCUACCGGAUCGAAUCGGGUUAAACUUCUGGGUUGGAUUUGCGUGGUCUUCUCGGUUAGCGUCUUCGUUGCUCCUUUGAGCAUCAUAAGGCUUGUCAUUCAAACAAGGAGUGUCGAGUACAUGCCGUUUUAUCUAUCCUUCUUCCUCACCAUCAGCGCCAUCAUAUGGUUCUUAUACGGUUUCCUAACAAAGGACCUAUAUGUUCAGCUCCCGAAUGUACUGGGAUUCACCUUUGGGUUCGUCCAAAUGGCGCUCUACUGGUACUACAAAAGAUUGAAGAAGGCUGUCGUGAGCCCCGCGCUGCCCGACGACGUCGUCACGAUCGUGACGCUGAGCCCCAUCCCGGUCUUGGAGGUUCACAGGAUCGAAUCGGAUUCUUCGGAGGUGCCCAAUGAGAUUGCUGAUGGAAAGACAGAGGAAGCAAAGGAGGCCAACAAUGAGGAGAGCCCAGUGUGAGAAGUUCUAUGGAAUAUGAGAUCAUGAAUACAUAUAUCCAAAGCUCUCUAUAUCCUAGUGCCAAAUAUAUAUGUUUUUAGUGUUGUA